AUGGGUACUGCUGCAGCGCUGGAGCUAUCCUGCGCAACCCUCGUCUUGAAAUUAGGCUUUGACUUGUCUGUGUAUCCUCAGUUGAUUGCCCCUUCCCCUAUUCGAGGCCUAAAUGCAAUCUGUCGUUGGCUAAAAGUGUUAUGGGCCAGGGGCACGGCCUUGACUCGCGAGGGUUACAUGGCCGUGGGCCAAUACAUGGGGUCAAAAAGCGCGGCGCCGGAGAUAGCACCCUUGCGAGCCGUGUCAACGACUGUGGAUAUCUCCAGAAUGACGAGUGGUACCUGCGUUGAAGAAAUCUCCAAUCCAAGAGCGACAGUCGGACAGAGAGGCUUUAGUGGCCUUGAUUGUAUCCCGAAGAUUGAUGAGCUGUUGCACUUUACCGUCCGAUAG